UAAGGGGUGUAACAAAGAAAACAUUGGGUGUGCAACUAGAAAACCACAAAAUAAUGAAGGAUAAAAUGUCAUGUUGAAAAAAAUGGUGAAGAAAGAAGAAGAGAAACGAUGGAGAGUGGAAGUGGGAACCCUCGUUCUUCAUUUUUCCAAUCACGGCGCCAAAAAUUCCCUUUGAAUGCUUCUACUGCUACCCAUCAUCGAUCCAAAGUUUCAACUUUUUCUCAAAGGGUCACUCCUCCUCCUACCACUGGCAGCAACAAUAACGCAUCUACCUCUGAUUUCAAUGAUGAUGAUUCCAGUUUUGGGGUUUUACUUGGAACUUGUUCUUAUAUGUGCCCAGGUAAAUUAAUUCCUGAUUACUUCGUACUUUUGUGUGUUGGAUUCUGGCGAGCCGGUAACUUUUGUUUCGAGAUCGGGAGUUGGUGUCUAACUGCUUUCUUGUCCGGCGGGCUAUGGUGUUUCUCGGGUGGACUGGGGGUUAAGGGUGCCCGUUUGGUUUGGUCCUGAAGUCUGGUGGGCCGAUCACAUUUGAUUCGAGAUCGGGAGUCAGUUCUUUGGUUCAAGUUUGGUUUUGGGCUGAUUUAGUGUUUCUUUCAGUGGACCAGAGGUUAAGAGGUGGUGGAAGAUGAUUGAUUUAUAGAAUAGUAGCUCAACUUAGGUGAUGAGGACAGUGUGUUUUAUUUAGAGAGGUGUUAUUUUGGGAUGAGUAGUGGCAACAUGUGGUUAUGGAUACUGUUUUUCAGUGGUCGUUUCGUGAAGGGAUCUGUUUUUGGUGGUGAUGUCUAUCUCUGUGGGUGUGGUCCUCAUGGGUGUUGAAGGUAGGGUUGGGCUAGGUGUUGUGUGUAGGGGUGUUUUGUUUGGAGUUUAUUGUCGGAUGCUCCGCCUAUAUACGAUGCCUUUAGUUUGUAUUCUCUGAGUCAUCAGUCGUCUCUGUUCGUCUUAAACGGUGAUUUA